UUGUCACACAUUAAAAAUGUUCAAGUCAAGCACUUUUUGUCUCUUAAGAAAUGCAUUUCGUGCAAAAUCCUUUCCUCGAGUCAUCGUAAAUAGAACGAAUUACAAGUCAAAUGACCAAAAUCAGUACAAAAGUCAACAAAAACCUCCGAUUUUUCUCUUCGCCUCAUUUCCUCUGUGGGAAAUGCUCAGCGGAAAGAAACCUGAAGAAGAUACACCCGAAGAUAAAUUAAUUGUGAGCAUCAAACGAGGAGUUUUAGCAAUCCAAAAGGGAGAUUACAAGGCAGCUGAGAAGAUUUUGCAUGUCGCUCUCAAAAUGGCGCAAGAUUUGCAACAUCACGAUGCCGUCACGUACAUUUACGACGUCAUGGCAAACCUCGCAAUGGAAGCCGGUGACUUUAAAAAGUCGGAAAAGUUGUUCGUUGAAGUCAUGCAACGACUUUUCGCUGAAGGACACAAAGAAGACAGCAUCAAAAUGUUACAUUUAUCCGCGAAAAUGGCUCAUAUUUGUCAUUUCACGGAACAACUUGACAAAGCAACGCAAGGUUUCGAAUGGACUUUGGAGAAAAUCAAGGAAAAAAUGAAAACUUUCACCGACGACGAGGAUCUCCGAGAACUUUAUGGCUUAACGAAGAAUUGGUAUGCGCAAGUCUUGAUGGAUAAGAAACUUUUCAAACAGGCACGAGAUCAUUUCGAAGAGGCAUACAAGAUUUACACAGAAAUUCAUGGCGACAAAACCCUCGAAGGCAUUUUGAUGUUGAAUAAUUUGAGCGUUGCGUAUUCCGAAAUGAACGAUCUCGCAAGUGCAAUUGAAACUUUGAAAAAAGUAAUCGAAUUGGGGAAGGAAAUCCCAAAAUUAGCUGAAAUUGGGAUUUUUCACGCGAAUUUGGGACUUUUAUACUUGAGACAAAGUCUAAUAAAUGAAGCGACAGCUGCCUGUCAACUUGGCUACAGAUUAGGACUGAAGCUGAAAAACGAAGAUGCAACUCGUCAAAGCGAAUAUUGCUUAGAUCGCAUCAAAGAGUACAAUAAAAGUCAAAAAUAGAAAACUUUUA